CAGGAAUCAUGACUCGACCUAGGCUCGGGAAAUAUCUUCAUCAGGCUCUCAUUCACUAUCCAAGGAGGAAUUCUCUUAUUCCACCUAUCGCCAUUCUCACAAGAUAGCCUGAUCAGUGGUAUUGAUUCCGCAAACCGUACUCAUCAGCGUCAUCUAAAAACCUAUAUAGUUCAAUGCCAGAAAACGAUCUCUCAAUGGCUCUUUCUUUCAAAGAAGCACUUCAACGGCUUGAGAACCGUCGCGUCAAAGCAACGCGUCCAUUGAUUCCGCCUCAAAUCCUGCAGGAAGAUCUCCCUUUGACUUUUCUUGCUGCUAACACCGUCGUUGAGGGACGUCGGGCAACUGAAAAUAUACUCAGAGGCAACGACGAUCGGCUGAUAGUGGUGGUUGGUCCUUGCUCGGUCCACGAUGUGGGUGCGGCAAUUGAAUAUGCCAAGCUGCUCAAAGCCUAUGCGGACGUGGCUAAGGAUGACUUGCACAUCGUUAUGCGCGUAUAUUUUGAAAAACCUCGUACGACUGUCGGAUGGAAAGGGUUGAUUAACGAUCCCGACAUGAAUUGCAGUUUCCAAAUCAACAAGGGCCUGCGCAUCGCGCGCACCCUCCUUUUAGAUAUAGCUAAACUUGGUUUGCCUGCCGGCUGCGAGUUCCUCGAUACAAUUUCACCUCAGUACACCGCCGAUUUAGUAUCCUGGGGAGCUAUUGGCGCGCGCACCACGGAAUCUCAAGUGCACCGAGAGCUGACCUCUGCACUGUCGAUGCCCACUGGAUUCAAGAAUUCGACCGACGGAUCCGUUGGCAUUGCGAUAGAUGCAUGCCGUGCCGCUCGGAGUGGCCACGUCUUUCUCAGUGUGGGCAAAGAAGGCCUUAGCAGUAUCAUUGAAACCGAGGGCAACCCAGACACACAUGUAAUCUUGCGUGGUGGCUCUAAAGGCCCUAAUUAUGCUGCAGAAUACGUCCGUGAUUGUGGCGAGAAGCUGUCCAAAGCUAGUCUUCCUUGCAAAAUCAUGGUUGACUGCAGUCAUGGAAACAGCCAAAAACAACAUCGUAGGCAGACUGAAGUUGUAGAAGACAUCGCUCAACAACUGGGGAGCCAGGACACGUCGGCGUUCAUUAUGGGUGUCAUGCUUGAGUCUAAUCUCGUCGAGGGACGGCAAGAUUUACCGUCGAGUGGUCCUACUGGCCUCAAAUAUGGCCAGUCAGUCACCGAUGCUUGUCUGUCUUGGGACAUGACCGUCCCCGCUCUUGAGCGUUUGCGUGAAGGUGUUCGCGCUCGCCGAGAGUUGGUUUACUCAAAAAUCCAAAGGCUUGGAACUUCUGGCUAACGGCGCGAAGGAACCUGAAGCUCAAUGAUACCGGUGGCAUCAAUAGCUCCAAUGGCCAUUAAUGCGGUGUACGUUGUGUAUUGAUUUUACUGUCGAUCAUCGCGUAUUAUGAGCUUUUUGUAUACUCAAUCGCAUAUAUAUCGAAAUGUACACUACCUGAUUUAACAAUGUCCUGUCUUCCA